AUGUCGGCGGGAGUGAGUCAUGGAGAAGAGGCAAUAGUCCCAAGCAUAAAUGACAACGAAGGAGAACAGAUCAGCGGCAACCACACCGGAAAAACCGACGACUACGACCCCUCUACCGGUUCUGCACUAAGCAACUUCCUCUGGCACGGUGGCUCAGUCUGGGACGCUUGGUUCAGCUGCGCAUCUAACCAGGUGGCGCAAGUGCUUUUGACGUUGCCGUACUCGUUCAGUCAACUAGGGAUGUUAUCAGGAAUAGUGUUACAAAUCUUCUAUGGUUUACUCGGAAGCUGGACUGCUUAUCUCAUCAGUGUUCUCUACGUUGAGUAUCGAGCUCGUAAAGAGAAAGAAGGCAAAAGCUUCAAAAACCACGUUAUCCAGUGGUUUGAAGUACUUGAUGGACUACUUGGCACAUACUGGAAAGCCAUAGGACUCGCAUUUAAUUGCACUUUCCUCUUGUUCGGAUCUGUAAUCCAACUCAUUGCUUGUGCCAGUAACAUUUAUUACAUAAACGAUCACUUGGACAAGAGAACAUGGACUUAUAUAUUCGGCGCGUGUUGUGCAACCACUGUGUUCAUACCGUCGUUUCAUAACUACCGAAUCUGGUCAUUCCUCGGCUUGGGUAUGACCACUUACACCGCCUG